AUGGACGCUGGGAAGCCUGUGACCCAAGAACAACAGAAGAUACCCCAUCCACUUCAAUGUCUGAUCUCUCCAGACUUGGAUGUUAUCCCGGAACGUGUGCUUAACGAGGCCACCAGAGGCCCGUUAAAGAGUUUCAUCCAGCAUGCCGAUUCCCUGUUAUCGAUCAUCCCCAUCUGGAAAUGCCUUUUCAGAACAUUUUCUUCCAACGAUCUGUCAUCAUCUCAUAUGGUGGCUAUUUGUAAUGCAAUAAGCGCGUUUCUUGAUGCGACAACUCUCUCUAUAAAUGCUCAGAUCCGCGAGUUUACUUUGUCCGAAUCUAAGCCUCCCUGGACCUGUACCUUUGAGCUCUUUCUUGACCGUUAUGAGCGCAAACCGAAGCCAAUGAGGCUGGUCCUAACGUCGCUAAUUAGAAUUGUUUCAAGGCACCGCGACGACUCUAUCAUUCAGUCAGUGCGUUCAAACAUAGUUCAGUUGGUAGUCCCCAACAUCAUCCUAUGUGAACCCCGGCCAAGGCUCAAGGCUUGCCUAGUCUCCUUGGAGUGGCUUAUCCGAAAAGAUGCGUUCCCCAUGCUUGAAUUAAUCCAAUCUAUGAAAAUAUGGAUGCUAGAGAAUUCCAUGGUCUGGGCAUCAAGAUUAGAAGGACAUUGCAUCAAGCUCGGUAUUCCGAUAAGCUGUUUUAUUAAUAGAGAAAGCAGUUCAAGGACUGGAGAAAAUGAAUUGGUGUUCUACACUGCCAAAAUUUUUAGCAUUUCUCUUCUCCUUUAUUCUAAUAACCGAGAUUUGGCCCUUCCUGCUGGAACACUAUUUACUCUCCUCUGCCAUAGAUUAGGGACCGAGUCAAUGAAGAAUAGUUCGUUGUACAUUAGUCCCAGUAAUUCGAGACCUCUCUGGCAGGAUCCUCUCAAAUAUAUCGCCUUGCAGAAUAUAGACUCAUUAGAGAUGGUCUCAGAUCAUUUUCUCUAUCCGUUGUUCAAACAGAUGCCAUCUGGAUUUCAGAGCUUUAUCCGCACUCUACCAUGCAACGACUUGCAGCUCGGUUCAUAUGAUCUCACGAUAGAUGAGCUUACUGUACUCUUCGCUGCUCUUCACACAGCCAAAGAGCUAGGCCUUGUGCAAGAAGGCAGCUCAGAGGUAUCCGCGACUCCUUGCCAAUCAUAUGUUAUUGAAAGCGGGCGAAUUGGUGAAUUUUUGAUACACCCUGAAGCUGCCGUACGGAUAUCGGCUCUCUCUUUGUUGAUAGCAGCCCCCUCAACUACGAAACCAUUCUCUUCAGAUACCCUCCAAGUCCUGAUCAAAAACUUCCCUUACAUGCAUACCGACAGCGACCCACAAUAUCGAGGAGAGAUAUUCAGCCUGAUUCGAAAGUUUAUCAUUAGGUUGCGCGGCUCCCUGUCUUCGUGUCUCAAAUCGACGAGCCUUGAUGAUGGAUCGCAGCUUGCAAAUCAACGUACAGCAGCAACUGAUUUAUAUGCGGUCGGAUACUCCAAUACCGCUGGCGAUCAUAUCGAAUUUUUGCGAUGGUAUGUGGGAUUUCUCGAACUAGAACUUCAGCCAACGAUGUCCUAUCAAAGGCACAUAUCGGCACUCAAAACAUUGGUAUUGUUAUUGCAGACAGGCCUGGAUAACAGAAUUGGCGAUGUACACUUGUCCAGACUUGGACAAGAUCAAACCUCCUGGAACUGCAGUAUUGAAAUAUUUCGACCAAGUCUCUUCAGACUCCUUGGUGAUUUACUUAUAAACCCAUUCGAUGACGUCCGAGCUACGGCUUCGGCACUUCUGAAUAUGUUUCCUCGGACACAUAUCCGAACAUCUCUCGAGAAUGACGGAGAAAAAUACAUCCCAGAUGGGCGCUAUUCACAUUCACGGCUACAACUAGUUAAGGCUCUGGAAAGAGCGGAGCGCGUCGCCAGUGGCACUAGUAGAGCUGAUCAUGCUGAUGCAGUGGCUCGCCUCUAUCACAUUUUAUUUGACCUUGCCAGUUCCAACACAACAUUAGACAGCAGUGGGAGCUGGUAUGAGCUAAAACAGACUAUUGUGGAACGACUUCUCUCAACUUUGGAGGAGAACCUAUAUUCAACUGAUGGCUCGUUUCAAAACGCAAUUCGGGAGACUUCUGUGCACGGAUAUAUCUCCGCGUUGAGGUAUAUAGUGUCGACCCCCGAAUUUCAUUCGGUGUUCCCUUCCCCGGAGACGGGGCGCCCAUAUUGGAGGUUGUAUCACGAUCGACUCAUUUUAGUCUGCGAAAAUAUUUGGCUUGGUGUUAGGGACAUUCUCUGUAUAGAUUCCCCUGAAGGUCAAGAUGAGGACGCAGUAGAUGAGCUGAGGGGCCCGAAGGAUUUGUUAUCGUGCUCUUGGCGUGCUUUGCGGGAAUCCAGUAUGCUUCUCUACGCAAUAUUAGUAAAUUCGAGCUACGCUCCUGACACUUCCGGUAGUGGGCUCGUCGAAGCCGAUUUAAACAAAAUUGGAACGCUAAGUUUUACACAACUUGCUGAGCUACGACAUCGUGGUGCAUUUUCAGCGGUUUCUCAGACUUUCACGGCUUGCUGUCAAAAAUGUGCCCAGACGAAGGACCCUAGCGCUUCCGGCCUCCUGAACAUCUGGUACAAGGAUGCUUUGGCAAUUAUCGAUACACAGGCUUCGAAGCUGACCCGAAGAUCCGCGGGCCUCCCUGCACUAGUCACAGGGAUAGCUUCUUCUCAGCCUGAUGGCCCUAUUUUCCACAAAAUCAUGCGUGAUCUUCAGGAAAUUGCUAGCCUGGAUACGCCCAGUGGUGCUAUUGGAUCAGAUAUCAAAUUGCCACAGGUUCAUGCUUUAAAUUGCCUGAAGGAUAUUUUCACGAAUACCAAAUUGGCCACGUUGACAGAAGCUUAUGUCAUGCCGUGCCUAAUGAUAUCUGCUGAAUGUUUGGGAUCAAAAAUGUGGGCGAUUCGCAAUUGCGGAUUGAUGCUCUUCAAGGCUUUAAUGAAUCGGAUGUGUCGUUUCAAGGCAGGAUGCAGCGUAGGCUUAGGUGGAAAUUUUGGAUCUGAACUAGGGAGCAGGAUCAUCUUUCAAAAGUAUCCCGGUUUAAUUGAGCUAUUGGCCCAACUCCUACAAGAUCCUAUCGUGAAUGAGUCAAAAGGGUCGAGUUCGCAUUUAUGGGAACUUUCCAUCAAAACAGAACGAGUUUUCCCAGCCCUUGAGCUAAUUGGAGAGAAGGUACCAUCUUUCUCAGGGGAUGAAGACAAACUCCUAAAAAUCCUUGUAUUCGAACAGUUUCGAAGUCCCGUUUGGGGUGUCAGGGAGCACUCAGCAAGGAUAUAUGCGUCCCUUCUCCGGCAUGAAGAGAUACUGGCGAGUGUUUGCGAACUUUCCGCAGUUUCCCAUGAAUCUAUCCCUCAGAACCAAAUCCACGGAACGGCAUUAUGUAUUAGAUAUGCUCUGCAAAGGCUGUGGGUUUCCUCGAGCGGUUACUGGUUAGAUAACUCUGGAACGGCUUUUUCCACUGUAAGGGAAGUUUGCAACAAUCUAUUCCCGUGGGCCAAGUCUCACUUUGUGCAGGCUACCUUGGUUGAAAUACUUAAUGAUGUCGUUCAGGCUGGUAUCCGCUGUGGCCUUGAAACCACUGUCCUAUCACAAAUCAAUACAUUAUUGGAAAACCACGGCCUUUUCGAUUUACUCAGCCAACUACUCUCACAGGCCGAUACACCAAUUCCCAGAUCUUCAUUUCUUCUCCUAAAAGCAAUUUCUGUCUCUAAAAUUAGCAUCAUGCUAGCACAGAAUCUCGCAUUAGAAGAUCUAUUGGUUUUUAUGAAUUCUAUCUCAGCACUAGACUCUGAUACCACCUGUUGGUUGCUAGACCGUAUACAGCACACUUUUUGCUCCCAUAAAAGGUCGCAGAUACGGAGAAUAGAGUUCUACAUUGCCAUGAUUCAGGGCGCUCGCUCUCAGCAAAUACAGCUUACCAUGACCUCGAACCUAGCGGACGACUUGAUGUUGCUGUUUGAACAUCAUACUCAGAUAUCGGAUGAGUUCGCCUCCUUACGACAAUUGGUUGUAUCUGUAGAUAUACCAGAAGACAGCGAUGGUGUCAGUUUAUGGAAUCGUGAUUUGGCUAAUGCGUCACUACGCUUGCGGGGAUGCUUCUUGGCACUGAGCAUGCUAUCAUCCGAUGCCCCUGAGUUUACCCUAGAGUUCAAAGCAAGAUUGGAUAAGUGGAACCAGCGCCUAAGAUUUGCCAUUUCUGAUGAAACGGAAUUCUCAACCCGCCAUGCAGCUGCAGUCUCAAUGAAAAUUUUCUUCUUGGGGUUAAGAAUAAGCAGCAGCCACUCUACGAUUAAACCCUAUCUCCUGCAAACAUGUCUUGUUUUGUAUGGGAUGUUAAUCGACGAUGAUGAGGGCAUCAGAUAUCUUGCAGCUCAAGCAGCGUCCAUACUUUUUUCUCUUGAAUUUAAUAGCACAAACCAAGCCACUGCAUUACUCCCUCUCGCUGCAAGUUCUAAGUUGGCCGAUAUCCUUUCCGAAAAUUUUGUUGAUUCUACAACACUAUGUGCAGAAGCAAUGGGUCGAUUCCUAGGACUGCCAAUCAACCUCUUGGUUCCAAGUAUCGACAAUACUACAAGUCUCACUCCUGUUCCCAGGCUCCUCGAGAAAUUUCAGACAAAAAGCACAGUUCUAUUCCAAGAAGAGAAACAGAAUUUGUUCGUUGAAGACGUGCGGGAGGUUGAGACAUGGGCGAAAGUUCUAACGCGAAUAAUAUUGAGGCCAGGAAACACACACUUUGCUCUACAGCUUUACUCCUGGGUUUCUGAGGGCAUUUCCGCGUUGAUCGAUGCAAUGGGAGGGGCCGGUGGAGAUGGUGUUCUAGGCUGGGUUUCCAACCCAGACGUGUUUAUCUUGGGUGUUCGAGUCAUUCGCGGCGCGAAGAUUCUUCUCCUUGUACCCCCAUCUGAGACUUUGUCCUUGGACAAAGGCUGGAUCAGUCAAGGGCUGGAAGUUCUGUGGAGUCAGGGUCGGAAAGUUGAGAUGCACCAUUGCUGGUUAUCUCAUCUGAGGACGGUUAUUGAUUGUGAUGAGUGA